ACAGCAAAGUGACAAAGUCCGUGACUGACUGACACAGACUCCUCCAUCAGUGCGUGUCUGCCAUUUCUCUAAAACCCACAGAAAACAAGUUUACCAGCACAACCAUGGAUCCUCAAGAAAACUGGAACACAUCAGAAAAAGCCAAACUGCUUCAGCCUGGACCUCCACCGUACCCGGAUCAUUCAACAUACCCUCCUCCGGGCAGCUUUCAGAGCACUUCUGGGUAUCCAGCCCAGCAGUUUGGAGCUCCAGGACCAUAUCAAGGACCAUAUCCAGGCCAUCAGGCGGUCACUGUACAGCCUGCGAUUUAUGUGACGACCACUCCACUGGCUUAUCCUCUGCCAGAUUACCUGGGCUACUCCAUUUUCACCAUGCUGUGCUGCUGCUUUCCUCUGGGUAUUGCUGCUCUGAUUUACUCCAUCAAUACUCGCAACGCCAACAUGUCUGGACAACAGCAAUUAGCAGAGAGCAACUCCAAAAUGGCGCGCACUCUUAACCACACGGCUCUUGGCAUCGGCUUGGCCUUGCUUGUGUUUUAUAUUAUCUACGUCGCUGUGGUGGUUACCAACACCCAGCAUUCAACAGAUCCAUAAUUGUCAAAGAAAGCAUGGCUGGACAACAGGAAUUUGAAGAAAAAAUACAUCAUGUAAUGCCACAGGAAAUUUUUUAUAAUCACAUUUUGAUGUUUCUUUAGACCUUGAACUAUUGUGCAACUUCCUCUGUAGGAAAUGAUUAUAGCUGAUCUGUCUUACUCAUCGUUGAAAGAUUAAGUAACUAACACAUGAUUUAAAAGUUGAUUAUCUAAUGUUUCAAGAAAUGCAAACUCUUUACUCUAAUAGUUGAUUAUACAAUGUUUCAAAAACUGUGACUUUCAUAGAAAAGGUAUUGUUGGUUGCUUUUCUUUUCCUGUCUAUUGAUUCAUUUUAUAUUUAAUUAAAAUGUUUUAGAAAAACUCAAAUAA